AUGGAGCCUUACGAGGACUGGAGUGAAAGGCAUGUGGGGUUCAGUUCAGGUGAGGAUGUGGGCAGCGGAGUCCCAGAUAAGUUGCUUUUCUUUGAAGAUGUGGGAGAUAUUUAUAAGAUUCGCAUCAACUACAAUACCCUGGGGAAAGGCUUUGAGAAGUGGCAUUUGAUGUCCAUCGUUUUAAAAGACCUACAUGUAGACAAGACUCUGCUCUUUGACUGUGACACCUGGCUGUCUACUACCUCCGAAGACAGACAGCUGAUUAAAGAAUUCCCCCUGACAGUCGAUGGAAAGGCAAUAUUACCUGUCAAUGAUUACUUUGUUUCCGUGCACAUCGGUGACUGCUGGGGAGCAGAAACCUUUGCUAAUGUUUUUGCAACACUGUAUGGAGAGCGAGGAGACUCUGGAAGAAGGAAUCUAACAUCUCCAACCUUAUUCAGUAGAAACAAGUUUCAACAAGGCGAGGUUGACACAUUCAUGGUGGAAGCGGUAUCUCUGAGCAAAUUGACAAAGAUGAUCGUGGGUCACGAUGGAAAGGGAUACGGGGCUGGCAUGUACCUAAAGAUGAUUACAGUAAAGGAAGGCGAGGAUUCAGAAAAAGAGUGGGUGUUCCCAUGCUGGAAGUGGCUGGAUGACCACAUUGGUGAUAAAAAAAUUCUCGAGGAAAACUGUGGUCAUUUUAAUGUGAAUGUGCCUGCAGGUGAAAGGCUGGUUUCCAUUUCCGACAUCAGAGAAGACGAGAAAUCGGGUGUAUGGCAAGUGAACAUCAAAGGCUCCCAAGUGUUAAUCGAGGGAGAUCCUAUUGAGUUAAUAAUCAUUAUUUAUGGAAUAGGUGGCCAAAAGAAGUUAAUUGCUCCGAUUGUGCAACCAACUUCACAAAUUAUGGCUGAAUUGGGAGCAUUGGGGAUGAUUUCCAAGAUCCAUGUCAGUCCUGAACCCAAUACCUUGAGGCAGCCUUGGAGACUAGAUUCUAUUAUUAUGAAGCAUGUUGGCAGCAAUGAGGAGCUAUGGUUUGACUUUCAUUUGUGGCUGAGACAUGAUGGCAAUCAACAUCAGUUCAAGGAACUCCCUGCCCUGCAUCCUAUCAUCGAUCCUUUGCCUGUUGUAGAGUACAAAGUUGACAUAUAUACUGGGAAUGUGAACCACGGGGCCAUUCAAGGAACAUUUUACAUUAUUGUACAUGGAGAGAAAGGGGACACUGGAAAACGCUGGCUGAAACAAUCUGCUCAGUCAGAGGUUAUAUUUGAUCCAGGACAGACAGCAACAUUCAUUUUCAAAGCAGUGGAUCUAGGUAGAGUACAAUAUCUUACUGUUGGAUACAGCAGUCUACAAGAUUGGUUCCUGGAGAAAAUCACAGUGGUGGAAGGAGCAUUACCCAUUUCUACUUACACUUUUAGCCACGAUGACUGGAUUGUCAAACAUGAAAAGGAAGAUACUUACUCUGAAACAAUCAUCCAUCUUCAAGAAGCAGCUCGUAAUUUCCCUAACCCAAUGAAGGAUUAUCCUAGUGAAAGCCAAGGAAACUGGAUUGUGUGGCUGCAUACAAUGGAGUUUGAAAAUUUAACCGAAAAGCAGAUAAUUUCUUUAAUUGUGUUUGGUAAAAAUAAUAAAUCUGUUUCGCUGCCAACAUUUGACCAGAAGGAUGAACCAUUUGAAAUAUCACUUGAAGAUAUUGGUGAAAUAAUAAAGGUUUCCUUGGUAUUGGAAUUUUCCACCAUGACCAUGGGAUUAAAACUCUUAAAGUUACGUAUGAAGCACAUGGACACAAACCAGGAGCUUGGAUUUUCCAUCAGAGAUCGCUGGUUGUUUGAACAAAACGCAAAUGAAACCGUGACGGAGCUGGCAGCUAUUACACCACACAAGCAACCACUGCAAGAUGUGUACUAUACACUAUACAUAUGGACAGGGAAUCUUCUUGCAGCAGGUACCGAUGCCCCUAUAUAUAUCACAAUAUAUGGUGAAAAUGGAGACACCAGCAAAAGGAAACUCCAAUAUAAUGAUGUUCCAACUUUGUUUGAUAAAGGACAGAUUAAUGUCUUUAGUCUCCGAGCCAUAGACUUGAGUAUUCCAGAAAAGAUACAUAUUGGACACGACAGUUUGGGAUAUGGAGCUGGCUGGUAUUUGGAAAUGAUCUAUCUAGAAGAACCAACAGAGAAUGGCGUGCCCAAUGUCUACGUGUUUCCAUGCCAACAGUGGCUUGACAGCGAAGUUGAUAGCAAAGAUACAAAGAAACAGUUAAACCUCGUUGGAAAAGUCAGCAAUAAAACUGACAAGAUGAUAGCAAGUCUUCAGGUGAAAGACUACAUUUUCUUUGUCACCACAAAAUCCCAACACAAAACAAAUCCAAGCAUGUAUGUUACUUUAAAAGGAUCAUUGGGAGUUACAGGCAAAUUAAAACUUACCAAACAAUCAAGUGAAAUGAAGAAAGCCUUGGUCAGCAUGUAUCGCUUUCAGGCCAUAAAUGUUGGACAGCUACAAGAAUUGUACAUUGAGAUAAAACAUACAGACAUCUAUCCUAAGCAGAUUGUUGUGAGGGAUGGAGUGGAUAGUAGAGAAGAAGCUGUAUUUGAAUCUCAAGACACCACAGAAGCAAUAACUGAACGUGGUGGAACAUUAAGAACCUUCAAAUGUAAAGACUACCAGAAGGUAAAAGACAUUAUGCCUUGUCCAGAAUGGCCUCAAAUUAAGAAAGGUGGCAAAUGGAAUGUGUUACUUAUAAAAGUUUGCAGUGAAGAACCUCCAGCAGUAAUGUACACAGUUGAAUUGGAAAUGGUCAUAUAUGGAGCAGCGAAACAUUCUAAACCUAUUGCGUUGACUUCUACCUCAUCUGAUUGUGAGCAAAAUGUAACGUUUGAGGUAAACGUACCAGAUGAUAUUGGUAAACCCUGGAAGAUUCGACUAGGACUUGCAAAUCCAUCGGAUAAUAUAUCUCAAAUAAAACUUCGCUAUUUCAAGAUGCAGAAUGUGAUAACAAAGGCUGCAUUUAACUACUCUGUUAAUGAGACACUUCCUGUUAGUUCUAACGGCGACAGAUGGGUUGAGUUCCCUGUAGAGUGGCCACAAAAAACAGCUUUGAGUGUUGUGACAUAUAAUUUGAAGAUGUACUGCGAUGACUUUUUGGAUAAGGAUCCCCCUAUUGUUGUUAGUUUGUGUUUGUAUGGGGAGAAUGGUGACACUGGAGAAAGAAACCUUCUUAAACCUAUUGGGAAACAAGCAGCAUCUGAAGACAGAAAGUUCUAUGUGUUUCAAAUUUUUGCUGUGCAGCUGGGAAAGAUGAACAAACUCGAGCUGUCUGCCAAUGGCAUAAAAAAUGACAAAUUUCAUGUAAAUGAGGUCUACGUCAGUGAAGCUACUCAACCAAAGAAACGUUUUGUGUUUGCUCUCAAUGAGAACAUUUUAGUUAUCCCCAAAAAUCCAGUUAUAAGGAUAUUUGAGUUGUCUGGUGUAAUUAACGAUGAACGGGAAGAAUCAGAAAAUUUGAAAAAACAUCUCGUUGAAUACGCGGUCAAGGUUUACACUGAAGAUCAAUUUGGGCCAAAUACGGAUGUCAAUAUGUACAUUAUCUUAUUUGGUGAUGAAGCAGUUUCUAACAGAGUUCCUUUGACGGAAACAAUAGAUUUUCAAGAACCAUUUAAAAAAAAGCACGUGGACCAAUUCAGAAUUGAAACAAAUCCACUUGGUAAACUCUACCUAAUUGAAAUUGGCUAUGGUAAACAAAAUCCUAGAAGUGGGUGGUUCCUGGGAAAAGUUGAGGUAACUGAUGUAUCCACAAAAGAAACCUAUGUUUUCCCAGGCAACAGGAACUCUGCUUCUGAAGGUGUUUGCAUUGGAAUGGAAUUCCCUUGGAUCAGUGUGAUCCAGUGUACGUACAGUUAUCAGGAGAAGCCCCAGUCACUCUCAGAUUUCUUACUAAAAAAUUCCUUAUUAAUACUAAACACAAAAAGGAACUUUAUCAUUGAUCAACAGAAAUAUCCGGAUUAA